AAGUGUGGGCCAUUUGCGCAUUUGCACAGUGCCCCUCAUAUCACAGACAGCCAUGAUGCCGUCAACUACUUCAUACCCCACGCAGUUCACCAACAACCAGUGCCUCUAUCGCAACAAAGUGUGCUUGAACGUCCGCGCAGUCAAGAACAACGGCCUGCUGCACAGUUUCUGCGAGUACCAUCGGAUCAGAGCCAACUCGAACCAGCGCAAACUCGAGAAGAAGAAACGAGAGUGUCCGAUCACUCCUCCUGCGGCCACAGCCGAACAAAGUAACAAGCCAACGCGUACCUUUGGCGUCAAGGAGCUGUGGAUGAAUCCGUACGACGUAGAUGACAUCGACACGUGCGACGCCGACGUUGUGAUUUGGGUGCAGCCCAUCCGCCUCGAACUCCCGCAGACAUUCGACCACAUCAUUCAUGAACAAGUUUAA